AUGGUUCCAGGAGUUGCUCCUAGUGCAGACCCUGUUCUUCAGAGUAGACUGUUUUCUUAUCCUGAUGCUCAAAGAUAUCGUCUUGGAGUCAAUUUCCGACAGAUUCCUGUCAAUUGUCCUCUUCAUGAGUUCAAUCCGCUUUUGCGCGAUGGAGCAAUGCGAGUUGACGGUAACCUUGGUGAUUAUCCUACUUAUCUACCAUCUUCUGCUCCUAUCCACUACAAAGUAGUCCCUGGUAUGGAACAUCAUGAACGUUGGGUUGGUACAGUUACAAGAUUUCAUUGGGAAGCUUCAAUUGAGCAAGGCGAUUUUGUUCAAAUUCAAUCUCUUUGGAAUGUAUUUGGAAAGACAAACCAACAGAAGUCAUUUGUGGGAAAUGUUUCGGGUCACUUGAAAAAUGCCGAUCCAGCAAUUCAAGAUCGUGUUUUUGAUUUAUUUUCAAAAGUUGCACCGGAAUUGGGUAAAUGGAUUCGUGAAGAAACUCUCAAACUGUCGCCAAGAGAACCCAGAAAACUAUAA